GAUACGCUGUGUUAGCUGGAUGCGUGCCAUUUGGAAUAUUACUGCAGUGGCUGGUAAGGCCGGAGAAGCUGCUGAUUCUGCAGGUAAUCCUGCACUGCCAGAGGACUCCUGUGAGUGAGGUGUUCCCAGUAACAUUUGCACGCUGGAACUGAAUGCAGUGCAGGAAUGAGGAAGCUCUGAUUAUCCCUUCAGAAUGCUGUGGAUCUCGAUCCUGCUAUUCCAGCCAUUGUUUCAGAGAGUACUUGGGAAUCCAGAUUACAAGGAUGAAACUCAUGGGACAUUCUGUGAGGCCAGCAGCUCCACUCUCAGCUGGUACUUGAAUGGUAUAAAGCAGGAUGUAGGGCUUGGUAGAGAGCCCCCAUUUCUGCUGCCAGUAGCUCCCGGCAGCUCUAGUACGUUGUCACUUGAAGAGAUUGUUGGGGAAAACUGCAACCAGACAGAAAACCAAGGAGAAGAGUUGCUGAACAUACACUUCCCGCCUGAUUCUCCGGUGAGAAAGCCUCAUGUCUCCGGACUGUCCCUCCUACUUCUCCUAGUGAUCCAGACUCGGCCUCCCUCCAGCUUCACCAUACGAGACCAAGAUGGACAACAGUUUGUCAACUCUUCCCGUUUGCUCCUGUUGGACACGCGCAAUGUGGAGGGCAAUGGCAGUCUGAGAGUAAAAAUCAGCACCGGGCAAAGUGACGGCAGCCAAACUCCUGUGACAGCAAUGGGUCUCCUGUCAACCCGAGUAGAGAUUCCUCUGUUGGUUCUUAUUGUCGCUGGUUCUGCCCUGGCUGCUGGAAUUCUGCUGGUUAAUAUCCUGGUCUGGUGCCUUGUGUUGAAAAGGAAAAAAGAGAAAUAUGGUGUGGAGAACCGACUGACCUUAAGCAUCUCCAAUAACAUGAAACUGAAUAACAUUUGUCUGCCCCGGGAGCACAUGUCCCUGCCGUCCAAUCUGCAACUCAACGACCUCCGACCACAGGCAAGAGGACCAGGUGACUCUGAAUGUGACACACAGGAGGACGUGUCUGUGCCGUGUGGGGCUUUGAAUGACACAGGGCUGGAUCGCUAUCCACUGGUGGGCUACAUCUACAGAGCAUCGAGCGUGAGCAGUGACGAGAUCUGGCUAUGACUGCCUGUGCCAUUGACAGAAUGUAUUCACCAGAUACCUAAACUUUCCUAUAUUGGGUCCUUGGCAAACAACUGAACAAUGCAUUGCAUCUGUUACUCAAUGUUAAAGGCACAGUAACAUCAUAUUUAUAAAGGAGCUAGAAGGUUCCGUAGCAGCGUACAUAGGGAUAGAAGAACAAAUAAGUAGCAUAUGUUCAAACUGAUACAGACAAUUCUACAACUUUACAUAAAUACAUAAUUGCAAUGUGCAAUUAACAUAAUUAUGCAGUGUUAACAAAGCGAAGAUUGCCUUGCUCGUAAGAUCUAGCAAACUAGACGGGUGGUCUUCUGUAUGCCGACUGACGGGAUCCCGGCGCACAGUAUACCGGCGCCGGG